AUGUCUCUAACGAACUGUCGGUUUUAUGAGGACAAGUACCCGGAGGUGGACAGCUUUGUCAUGGUCAAUGUCAAGCAGAUCGCUGAGAUGGGCGCAUAUGUGAAGCUGCUUGAAUACGACAACAUCGACGGCAUGAUCCUCCUCUCAGAACUAUCCCGCAGACGUAUUCGCAGUAUCCAAAAGCUCAUCCGUAUCGGACGCAACGAAGUCGUUAUCGUACUCCGUGUCGACAAGGAGAAAGGCAAGGUUACACCAUUUGGUUACAUUGAUCUUUCCAAGCGCCGUGUCUCCCCCGAGGAUGUGAUCAAGUGUGAGGAGCGUUACAACAAGAGCAAGGCUGUGCACUCCAUCAUGCGCCAUGUCGCAGAGGCGACUCAAACCCCCCUCGAGACCCUCUACGAGACUAUCGGCUGGCCCCUGAACCAGAAAUAUGGCCACUCGCAUGACGCUUUCAAAAUUUCCAUCACAAACCCCUCCGUUUGGGAUGAGAUCACAUUCCCUAGCGACGCCGUCAAGAACGAGCUCCAGCUGUACAUCAGCAGCAAGCUCACUCCCCACCCCACUAAGGUCCGUGCCGAUAUCGAGGUUACCUGCUUUGGUUAUGAGGGAAUCGAUGCUGUCAAAGACGCCCUUCGCACCGCCGAGGCCGAGAACACCCCCGAGAGCCAGAUCAAGGUCAAGCUUGUUGCUCCUCCUCUGUACGUCCUGGCCAGCCAAUGUCUGGAUAAGACCGCUGGUGUCAAGGGACUGGAGGACGCCAUUGUGAGAAUCACAGAGCGCAUCCAGGCGAACGGCGGUAACUGCACCGUGAAGAUGGCACCGAAGGCCGUCACUGAGCAAGAUGAUGCUAUCUUGCAGGAGCUUAUGGAGAAGCGUGAGCGUGAGAACAUGCAGGUCAGCGGAGACGAAGACUCCGAGGCAGAUGACGAGUAA